UUCUGUCUCCUCCGAGUUCUUUUUUGGCUUCUAAGAUUGUGUUAACCCAAGAGGACCAAAUUUCAUUAUAGGCCAUUUGAAAUGGGGAACAUAGUGAACUCACUUGUUUUAUAAAUGUUGCCAAUUCAUCUUUCCGUAGCUGGGAUAUCGUACACUCUGUUCCCUUUUGUAAGGUCGGCUUUGUCUCAGGAGCUUGGAUCUACAAGUGGAAGUCGCCGACAGUCCGCUCGGUGCGAGUCGGAGUUCUUUCAUCUGUUGCUUCAGCAUCGCGACAGAGGUAGGCCCCAGUAGGCCGCAGCCAUGCUGAGUUUCCUUCGCCGGACGCUGGGCCGGCGGUCCAUCCGCAAGCAGACGGACAAGGCCCGUCACCGAGAAGCCCAGAGAGCCUCCACACACAUCCCGGCUGCGGGCGACGCCAAGUCCGUCAUCACCUGCCGCGUGUCCCUGCUGGAUGGUACGGACGUCAGUGUGGACCUACCGAAAAAAGCCAAAGGGGAGGAGCUCUUCGACCAGAUCAUGUAUCACUUGGACAUCGUGGAGAAGGACUACUUUGGACUGCGGUUCAUGGACUCUGCACAAGUUCCACAUUGGUUGGACAUUACGAAGAGCAUCAAAAAGCAAGUCAAAAUCGGUCCUCCCUACUGCCUCCAUAUGAGGGUGAAGUUCUAUUCCUCGGAGCCCAACAACCUUCACGAGGAACUGACCAGAUACCUGUUUGUGCUACAGCUAAAGCAAGAUAUUCUCAGUGGAAAGCUGGAGUGUCCAUUCGACACAGCAGUGGAGCUGGCAGCCUUCUCCUUGCAGGCUGAGCUGGGGGACUGUGAUCCUGCGGAACACGCUCUGGACCUGGUGUCAGAGUUCCGUUUCAUACCCGAGCAAACGGAGGCCAUGGAACUGGCAAUCUACAACACCUGGAAAGAGUGCAGGGGCCAGACUCCUGCACAGGCAGAGAUUAACUACCUGAACAAGGCCAAGUGGCUGGAGAUGUACGGAGUGGACAUGCACAUGGUCAAGGCUCGUGAUGGGAAUGAGUACAGUCUGGGCUUGACCCCCACAGGAGUCCUGGUGUUUGAGGGCGAGACCAAGAUUGGACUGUUCUUCUGGCCCAAGAUCACCCGCCUGGACUUCAAAAAGAGCAAGCUGACCCUGGUGGUGGUUGAGGAUGAUGAACAGGUAAUGCAGGAGACUGAUGAGGGGAAGGAGCAGGAGCACACUUUUGUUUUCCGCAUGGACCACCCCAAGGCCUGCAAGCACCUGUGGAAGUGUGCGGUGGAGCACCACGCCUUCUUCCGGCUGCGGGGCCCGGUGCAGAAGGGCUCGGCCCGGUCCGGCUUCAUCCGCAUGGGCUCCCGCUUCCGAUACAGUGGGAAGACCGAGUAUCAGACCACUAAAGGCAACAAGGCACGGCGGUCUGCCUCGUUCGAGAGAAGGCCCAGCCGACGCUACUCCAGGAGAACGAUGCUGCACAGAGCUGUCAAUAGAAACCACAACGUCCAGAAUAACGGAUUGGACCAGGACAAAGAGCCCAAGACCCAAAUUCCGUGGUCUGCCCUGCCCGUGGUCUCUGCCCCGCCCACUGCCACACCUGCUGCUUCUGGACCGCUGGAAAUCGAAGCCCUUCCCAGGAGCCCCGGCGCCAGCCAAUCAGAGAAAAGAAGCAAACCCCUCGUGGCCGAUUUGCUCGACACCACGGACCUGUUGGAGACGUGCAUCGAUGAGGUCAUCAGAGUUCCAGUUCCCAUAGCAACAGUGGGCCUUCCAGAGGAAGCUGGAGCGAGUGCCGCUCCUGCCGCCUUCAACGCCACAGCGGAGGAGAGUGUGUCUCUGAGCGUAGAGGCCGCAGCCCGUCUGAAGCAGUUGGAGAUCGACAGCGCCCCCGUCUCAGGCUCGUCCAAAUCCAACGUCAACCUCAACAUGAACAACCAGGAGGAUGUGAUGAAGCUGACGGAGAAGUGUCUGAACAGCAUGAGCAGCAGCCCUGUGCUCGCUCCACUGCGCCCCACAGAGGACCUCAAGAGUAACAUCCUCAAGGCCCAGGCAGAGGCUGCUCUCAAGGUAUCAAGGGAGGAGCACGUUGUGACUGGAGAGAAGAACUGUAACGUUCAAGAGGCGGCGUUAAGAAACAAGGGCCAGGGCGGCCGGCUGGGUAGCAGCUCCUCUCUCUCUGCCAGCGGCUACACGGAGAGGCAGGAGUCACGAGACCUUCUCAAACCAGGCCUGCUGGCCUCCGCAGGGCCAAGUGACGAAUUAACGGCUGAAGACCUCUUCACCUCGCUUGCCCCAGUCCCCAUCGAACCCGCUAACGAGGCUGCGCUUGCCAAGGCAAAGCCAGAAGACCUGGACCUCCUGAUUGCACCAAUCACCGAUAAUCUGAUAGACUUCACAGACCCCACCCCGGUAGUGCAGUCCAAACCGUUGAUUACUCCGCGAUGGAUCAUCCCCACAGCUGCAAGCGCCAUCUUUACUAACGGCCUUCUUGACCAUGGCUGUUCGGGAAAGGCAUCCCCUCUCCACCCUGAAGGGGGCGCUCACACCGCCCAUCCGCAGCCCUCUCAAACCCACAAUGUGAUUGCGACCAGUAUUGUCACGCCCUUGCCCAAGGAGGACGGCUCGAGAACCAAGCACCUGCUGACCACUGAGCUCUGAGACGGGUCUGGGAACGCCGCCUGCCUGUCUGGACACUGGCAUUUUGGGAACAAAAGUUUGGAAUCUCGCCGGCAGCGACCACAGGAGAUUACUCGUCUCUACCUUUCACUACAUUCCAAAAGGAUGAGAAUUUGGGAAGGAGUGUUGUUUUUUUGUUUUUUUUGUUUUUUUGUUUUUAUUAAACUGUGAGCCACUGGAUUUCCUGGCUAGGCAUUUCAUCUCACUGCUCUAAAGUAGGGGGGUGUGGGAUUGGGGGUGUUAUGGCACUGAGGACAAGGAAUGCCACUGGGGAUAAGAAGAGACCCCCCUGUUAGCUGGACACUGCCCCCACACAUAGUUCAGAAGGCCCUACACAUAGCCCAAAGCACUUAACCAGAAACUGCUAACCUAGCCCAGCUCCUGACCCCCUACUGCUUUAUACUGAGCACAGAAUCUGAUCUGGGAUCAGCUAACCUAGCCCAAAUUCCAACCCCUACUGCUUCAUAUUGAGCACAGAAUCUGAUCCAGGAUCAGUCACUG